AUGCGCGCCGCCCCGCUGCUGCUGCUGCUCGCCCUGCUCGCCCUGCCCGCCCGCGCCGCCCGCCCCAAGCUCGCCCUGCCCAUCCGGCCCGACACCGAGCCGCUGCCCCCCGGGGGGGCGGCAGGCUGCGCCUUCGGGGGGCAUUUCUACGCCCUGGACGAGACGUGGCACCCGGACCUGGGGGAGCCCUUCGGGGUGAUGCGCUGCGUGCUCUGCCACUGCGAGCCGCAGAGGAACCGCCGAGGGAAGGCAGCAGGAAAAGUCAACUGCAAGAACAUGAAGCAGGACUGCCCCGUGCCCGCCUGCCCCCGCGCCACGCUGCUGCCCGGGCACUGCUGCCACACCUGCCCCAAAGCCUUGCCAGGCCCCCCGGAGAAGAGCGCCGAGCCCCCCUUCGACACCUUCGAGUACUUCCAGGACAAGGAGGACGAGCUGGACAAGCCCUACAACGACCGCUCCUACCUCAGCUCCGAGGGCCUGGCCCGCGACGACGCCCGCACAGAAUUCGUGGCCCUGCUGACGAGCGGCCCCGAGCCGUGGCACCCCACGUCCAGCGCGGUGGCCAAGGCUCGCUUCACCCUCCUGCGCUCCUACCUGCUCUUCUCCAUCAGCUACGAGCGGCUGGGGAGGCCGAGCCGGGUGCGUUUCAGCGACCCCGAGGGCAACGUGCUGUUCGAGCACCCCGUGCAGAAGAGCGCGGCCCCCGAGGACGGCAUGCUCUGCGGGAUGUGGAGGACGGUGUCCAAGGCCAACAUCCAGCUGCUGCGCGGGGAGCAGCUCCGCGUCUCCCUCGUCACCCGCGCGCAGCCCUCCGGAGAGGUCCACGGGCACAUCCUCAAGCACCGGGCGCUCUUCGCAGAGACAUUCGGUGCCGUCCUGACCUCGUCGGACCCCACGCACCUGGGAGCCGGGGGCAUGGCCAUGCUGACGCUGAGCGACGCCGAGAACAACCUGCACUUCAUCCUCAUGGCCCGCGGGCUGCUGGAGCCCGGCGCCAGGGAAUCCCCCUGGGUGCCGCUGCGGGUCCGCAUCCUGCACCAGGGCCGGACGCUGCGGGAGGUCCGUGCCAACAUCACCGUGGAGGACCCCGACUUCGCCGAGGUGCUGAGCGACCUGUCUGCCCGCGAGCUGCAGUGGCUGGUGCAGGGGCAGCUCCGCAUCGUGGCCGAGACGGAGGGCCGGCACGCGCGCCAGCUGGCCGGCACCAUCACCACCCGCCGCAGCUGUGACACCAUCCAAAGCGUGCUGUGCGGGGCGGACGCCUUGCUGCCGACCAAGACGGGGGCCGUGGGCUCGGCCAAGCUGGCUCUGCACGAGAACGGCACGCUGCAGUACCAGGUGCGGGUGGUGGGCACGGCCAGCGAGGUGGUGGGCGUCACGCUGGAGACCAAACCCCGGAGGAAGAACAAGAGGAACGUGCUCUUCGACAUGACGCCCAGCUACAAGGACGGGCUGGCCCAGGGCUCCUGGCAGAGCCCCAGCGCCCGCGACGCCCACAUGCUGCUGCAGAACGAGCUCUUCCUCAACGUGGCCACCAAGGACUGGGCCGAGGGCGAGCUGCGGGGCCAGGUCAUCUCCCUGCCCUACAGCGGGCUCCUGGCUCGCUACACAGAGAUGCCGGUGCCGCUGGCGGGGCAGCUGGUGUCCCCCCCGGUGGGCAGCGGGGCCGGGGGGCACGCCUGGCUGUCGCUGGACGAGCACUGCCACCUGCACUACGAGAUCGCCGUGGCGGGGCUGGGCCGCCCGGCCGAGGGCACCGUCAGCGCCCACCUGCAUGGCGUGGCCGAGCUGGGCGAGCUGGGCGCCCGGCCCCACCAGCACAAGCGUCUGCUCAAGGGCUUCUACGGCACCGAGGCUCAGGGGGUGGUGAAGGAUCUGGACGCCGACCUGCUGCAGCACCUGGCCCAGGGCACCGCUUUCCUGCAAGUCAGCACCAAAGCCCACCCCCGCGGGGAGAUGCGGGGACGGGUGCACAUCCCCAACCGGUGCCAGGCAGGGGGGGCCCGCCUGGCCCCGGGGGAGGCCGAGUUCUCCGAGGGCUCCAAGGCCAGGGACGCGGAGCAGCUGAAGAAGGACCCCAACUCCUGCUUCUUCGAGGGGCAGCACCGGGCGCACGGCACCCGCUGGGCACCCGACUACGACAAGAAGUGCUCCGUCUGCAGCUGCCAGAAGCGCACGGUGAUCUGUGACCCCAUCUUGUGCCAGCCCCUCAACUGCAGCCGCCAGGUGCACCCCGAGGAGCUGUGCUGCCCCGUCUGCGAAGACAAGAAGACGGAGCAGGAGGAGCUGAAGCUGGAGCGGGCACGGGACAGCAGCGAGGGCUGCUACUUCGAUGGGGACAAGACGUGGCGAGGCUCCGGCACCCGCUGGCACCCCGUCGUGCCCCCCUUCGGCCUCAUCAAGUGUGCCAUUUGCACCUGCAAGGGCACCACGGGCGAAGUGCACUGCGAGAAGGUGCAGUGCCCGCGCCUCACCUGCGCCAACCCGGUGCGAGCCAGCCCCUCCGACUGCUGCAAGCAGUGCCCAGCCCCCGAGAAGAGCAUCCCUGAGCUGGCUGACAGCAUGCAGGCGGACGGGCCCCGCGCCUGCCGCUUCGGGCGCCGCUGGUACCUCAACAACGAGAGCUGGCACCCCUCGGUGCCGCCCUUCGGGGAGAUGAAGUGCAUCCUGUGCUGGUGUGUGUCAGGGGAGACGCACUGCCAGCGCCAGGAGUGCCCGCCGGCCGCCUGCGCCAGCCCCGCCAGGAAGGACAACCCCUGCUGCGCCAAGUGCCGCGCUCCGGACACCCCCCCGGAGAAGGUACCCGAUGCCUCGGCGGAGGCGUGGAGCCGCUAAGCAGUGACCGCUGCCCAGAGCGGGGCGAGCGCGCAGCGAUGCCGGGUGGUCCUGAGGAGCCCCUGUGGGCCAUCGCCCCCCUGGGGGGACGGGGAUGGGGCGCAGAGGAGCGGGGAUGGGGGGCAGGGGCCAGCCCCCAGCCUGGGCACCCCCUCCCGGCACGGCCGCGGUGCCGGGGUUGCCCUGCCCGCUCCCCCUGGCAGGCAGCGGCAGGACCGGGGGGGUCGGGGCACCCAGCGCCCCCCCCGUGAGCCCCAACCGCCAGCGGGCGCAGCGGGCACCGUGCCCGCCUUGUACAUAGUGUA